UUUUUUUUCCAGGUUUUACUUUGCUUUCUUAUUGGAGCCUUUGUAGGAUUUUCCCUUAGUGCUGAAGGAGAUUCAAGUGCCAGGCUUCUUGUCUCAAAAAAUAUUCUGAACCAGUAUGUUGUGGAGGGAAAAGAGUUAACAGUCCAUUAUAACAUCUUCAAUGUUGGAAGUGGGUAAGUUUAACAUACACUAAGAUGUUAAGAUUUCAUUCUGUGCUAAAAUAGAGUGAUUUUAGCUGCCAGUAAGUAUAGUAUUAAAACUUUGUGUAUGACCAUGGACAAAUUUCCUGUUUUGUUGUUGCAUGCAAAUUUCUCUAUCCCCUCACUUGUUGUAUACAGCAUCCGAGAGCCCUGUGGUAAUGUAGGUAAAGUUGAUGAUAAUUACGUUCACAUUACCACAUAUGUUGGCAUCUCAGGUAACAAUAAUUUAUUAUCUUUUUUUAAGGAAAACAAGGAAAAGCUUGCAUCAGUUCCUUGCUCUUUUGCAUAUAUCCCAGUGCUGUGAAAGAGUCCAGAAAUCUGCCUGUAAUACCCCAAAUUGAAGAGCUUUUCCUUGACAUAACUAAAUGCACUUUAAAAGAAAUUCAACUUACUUUACUUCUUUAAUGCCAUCCUGCCAGACAGACAAAGUACAUCAGUUAAAAUUCAUUACUGAGGGGAUGGGGGCUCUUGUAGGAGUGGAAAAUUAAUCCACCCAUAUCUCAAAGAUGGGAACUUUUCCUUGGACUAACAACACUAUCAAAGAUAACUUUAUCAUUUUCGAUUUCCCUUACUGUCCCUUCUAAACUUGCAGCACAUUGUUAAAUGGUAUGCUUUGACUUUUUGUCACAAUAUUAUUAUUUGAAUUACCAGUCCAGCCACAUCAGUGUCUUUGGCAGACAAUUCCUUUCCAGCAGAUGAAUUCAAGGUUCUUCAUGGUCUGUUGUCCGUAAAAUGGAAAGUUAUUGCUCCGUAUCCUUUUAAUACUAUAGUAUUGUUUGUGGGUUCUUAA